UUCUCUCUCUCUCUCCGUCUCUCUCUCUCCAUCCCCUCCCCCGUAACAGAGCACACCUGCCUGAUCUUGGCUGCAGGCGUCCACACAGCGAUCAGCUCUCGGCCUGCCGCGCUGCUCAUCAGCUCCAGCCCUCUCUGGAUUUGUGGGUGUUCAUCUCUACGCUUCUCCAUACACGCAGGCCUUUACAAGCAAAAUGAAAUCGGCCUGUCUCUCCCUGCUUCUGGUGUCUGUAUGCUGGGCUCUGCCCUUUCGUCAGUCCGGCUUCCUGGACUUUAUGAUGGAGGAUGAGUCGGCCUCAGGAGAUGGUCCAGUCAUGCCCACAGGGCCUCGUGGACCAUCUAUUCCUAAACGUCCAGAGGUGACUGAGGCAACUGAAGGACCAGAGGGACCUUUCUGCCCCUUCCGAUGCCAGUGUCACCUGCGAGUGUCUCAGUGCUCUGAUCUAGGUUUGAAGGCUGUUCCAGAAAAAAUUCCUGUGGAUACAACUCUGCUGGAUUUGCAGAACAAUAAGAUCACAGAGAUCAAGGAAAAUGACUUCAAAGGCCUGAAGAGUCUCCAAACGCUCAUCCUGGUUAACAAUAAGAUCACCAUCAUCCAUGCCAAGGCCUUCUCUUCUCUGAUCGACCUGGAGAGACUCUACCUGUCUAAGAACCUUCUGAAGGACGUUCCUGCAAACAUGCCAAAAAGCAUACAGGAGCUGCGCAUUCAUGAGAACCAGAUCACUAAGAUAAAGAAGGCCUCCUUUGCUGGCCUGGCCAAUGUCAUUGUUAUGGAGCUUGGCUCUAACCCUCUGAGUAGCAAUGGAGUCGACAACGGAGCCUUUGCUGAUCUGAAGAGGGUCUCUUACAUCCGUAUUGCUGACACUAACAUCACUUCCAUUCCCAAAGGUCUACCCAGCUCUCUGUUCGAACUUCACUUGGAUGGAAACAAGAUCACCAAAGUUACAGCUGAUAGUCUGAAGGGUCUCAAGCAACUCUCCAAGCUGGGAUUGAGUCAUAAUGAGAUCAGCGUGGUGGAGAAUGGCUCUCUGGCCAAUGUGCCUCACUUGAGGGAACUUCAUCUGGACAAUAAUGUGCUUUCUGCGGUCCCAUCUGGUCUGCCCGAACACAAAUACAUCCAGGUGAUCUAUCUUCAUGCCAACAAGAUUGCCGCCAUAGGAACAGAAGACUUCUGCCCUCCCAGCUAUAAUACAAAGAAAGCCAUGUAUUCUGGCAUUAGUCUGUUUAGUAAUCCAGUGCCCUAUUGGGAGGUCCAGCCAAUCACCUUCCGCUGCGUUUUUGACCGUUCGGCCAUUCAACUGGGCAACUACAGGAAGAAAUAGAGGGCUCAAUCACUGUUUUCACCCCGCCUCUUCCUUUUAAGCACAUAACUUAGUCUGAAUGUCAUAUCUCAGUUUACUCACAAUAAACCACAACUCCAUUGAUAUCAGACGGAUAUUACCUAACACUGCAAUAAUCAAAUAGCCAAAAGCAUAUUGUCUCUGAAAAUGCAUAUUUUGCAAUUUAUAUGUAAGAGAAAAAUUAUGAUUUAAAGCCAUAUCCACUUAGAAUAUCCAACAGUUUGCCCUUACAUCCAUGUGUAUGAUAAAAUCAUUUUUUGAAGGUCCAUUUUUGGAUCUUCUGGACCUAAGCCAUGUUUCUUAAGCUGGCCUGCAGAGCGGGCAGCAAGGGGUUAAAUAAAACAAAUACAGCCACACAAGAGCUUGUAUACUAGAAUGUACUCAGUUAUAACUUUGUGUAGCGCUAGUGUUGAGAUUGUGCUGUUGAAAUGUUCAUUUGUACUCACAUAGCAUCUGUAUUGUAAGUCGACAUGUUGGGCUGUAUUCAUGUUUUCACUUCAUCUCAGUUCGGAUGUUUCUUGGUGACAUUUGUAUUCGUCGGUUUCCUCGGAUCACGGCUGCCAUGUAACGUAGAGCCGAAAACCCUACCGUAGGUGAACGAAGCUGUUUGAGAUAAACUAGAAUAAACUAUGUUGUCGUUUUGAUGAAAGCGAUUCCCAGAAACCUAUUCGCAUGCUUUUCUAUGCAACUUUCUUAAUGAUUGUGGUGUUACAUGUUAGCGUGUACGUGUUUGCGUUAUUCGGUCUUGUUUUUUGUUGAAUGUCUGUGUUUCAGUCUGGAAUAACUGGGAGGAAGACGGUGGAUGCCUCCUUUGCUUUCAUGAGAGUCUGGAAUGUCUCUUGUAUAGACGCUGUACAUAAAUGCUGUAUAAAAGAAUCCUAUCAAUGCUUUGAAGCACAAGCACUUACAGUAGUUUGGACUUUAAUAUAUCGGCAAUAAAGGUAAUCCCUUUCUCUCUC